AUAAAACACUCUUUUAUAGUUUUAUAGUUUUAUAUAUUUAUUUAUUCUCUCUCUUUUUUUAUCCUUUUUUUUUUAAUAUUCUUGUUAAUGUUGUCUUCCCCGAAUCAGAAGGUGCGGUUGUUUUUCUGAAGUCCCUACGGGGCACCCGAUAAAAUUGGUGCUCUUUUUCUUAACCUUUCUCUUCAUUUUCCCUUCAGAGAACACAGAUCUACACACCCUUUUUUUGUUUUUGUUUUUUCUUUUCUUUUUCUUCUUAACAGGAAAAAACAAAUGGCUGGAAAUUCAACUUCUAAUAAUUCGGCAGCUUCAGGAACUAGUAAUAUUAAUGGGAAUGGUGAGAGGCAAAGUUGGGCUACAUCACCUUCCACUGUCUUCAAUCAUUUUGGUACAAGUGGACUUUCUGUGGCAGUUGCAACUGCGAUCACUCACCCUUUAGAUGUAUUGAAAGUAAGGCUGCAGAUGCAACUCGUUGGCCAGAAAGGUCCUUUGACUGGAAUGGGACAAUUGUUUUUAAGUGUGGUGAAAAACGAAGGACCAAAGUCUUUGUAUUCGGGCUUGACACCUGCACUAACAAGGUCAGUUCUUUAUGGAGGACUACGCUUGGGCUUGUAUGAACCCUCUAAGCAUGCUUGUGAUGUUACUUUUGGCUCCUCCAAUGUUUUAGUUAAAAUCGCUUCUGGCAUGUUUGCUGGUGCUAUUUCGACUGCGCUCACCAAUCCAAUUGAAGUUCUUAAGGUGCGUUUGCAAAUGAAUCCAGAGAUGAACAAGAGUGGACCGAUAGUAGAGCUUCAGAGAACUGUAUCGGAAGAGGGAAUCAAAGCACUUUGGAAGGGUGUUGGCCCUGCUAUGACCCGAGCAGCUGCCUUGACUGCAUCGCAGCUUGCUACAUACGAUGAAACCAAGCAGCUUUUAGUCAGGUUUGCAUCUCUUGAAGAAGGAUUCCAUCUACAUCUGAUCUCAAGCACAGUUGCCGGCAUUUUGAGCACCAUCGUAACUGCUCCCAUAGAUAUGGUUAAAACUCGUCUCAUGUUGCAACGUGCAUCGAAAGGUUCUAGGCUCUAUAAAAGUGGAUUUCAUUGUGCAUACCAGGUCCUACUUACAGAGGGUCCAAUGGCACUUUACAAAGGGGGCUUUGCGAUAUUCGCAAGAAUCGGGCCACAAACAACAAUUACAUUUAUAUUAUGUGAAGAGCUAAGAAAACUUGCUGGAUUGAAGGCAAUCUAGUACCAUAAACCAACUUUGAUUAGAAUGAUUCUUGAUAAGUGCUGAAGAAGCAAGCUACUCUUCUUAGUUCUUGCGAACAAGUCCAUUCUUUUAGAUAGAUUUUUAUUCAGUUAGUUUUGAUUGGUGAUUUGAGGCACAUACCCCAGAGAACAAUAUCACAUUUUUUUUACUGGCAAUCAGGUAAAUUCUUUUAAGGGAUCCAUUCUAAUCUUAGUAUGUUGUUGUUAUUGUAAUCGUCGUCGUUGUCGUCAUCGUCAUCUCCAUUGUUUUGCUGGAAUAAGUUCCAGGGUAGUUGCUAGUAAAGGAGUCUAGGGUUGUUUUGGUUCCCAAGUUCCAACCCUUCUAUUACUAUGAUCAUUGUAUUACAAGAGGGUACUCUUGUUUUUGUAUUAUUAUUGUCAUUAUUACUGUAAUAACAUCACUGUAAUAUAGAAAUUACAUUAGUCACCUCCCCUCAAAAAAAGAAGGGUUGAGUGAGAUUCAAUAUUAUUUUUUUGUAUAUUAAUAGUUUCCUUGUUAUGACUCUCAAAUAG